UUUGAGGAAAAGAUCCUCUGCUCUAGCAAUUGGUGAAGAAUGUCAUAGUAAGAAAUUACGCCAAAGCAACCUUUUUGAACAAAACAAGUGCCUCUUUUGUGAAAAAGAUCUGAAAUAUCUCAAAGGAAACACAAAAGAAUCAUUAACAAAAUGCCAAACAGACAACGCUUCAACAUCAAUAAUAAAUGCAGUGAAAGCCCAAGAAGACUGGACUUUACAUGCAAAAAUAGGAGGACGCUGUUUGAUAUCAGCAGAAGCUUGGUACCAUAAUACCUGUAGAAGAAAUUACUUGUGCAAGAAAGUACGAACGAUAAAUGAAGAGGAAAAGGUUUUAAUAACAUCAUUUGACAUCAUAUGUAAGCAUAUAGAUGAACAUGUCCUUCAAACCGAUGGAGUUGAAACACUUGAACAUGUCCAUGAGCUGUAUCAGGCACAAAUGAAGGAAAACAAUCUGAGUGACUAUAACCCCAAAUAUAAACAGCUCUUCCUGAAGAACAAACUUUCUGUUCGCUAUAAAGAUGACCUUUGUUGCAAUCUACUCUUAAUUGCCUUUCAUUUGAGUAUAAUAAAGCUAUACUUCAGAAAGAUCUAAAAAUUAGCGAAAAUUUCUGUUUUCCUGAAAAACACAGAAUAUAUGUGAAAUAGAUAGAUGUUGCGAAUAUAAAUAUAUAAAUUAUAUAUAAUAAUAUAAAUUUCAAACAAUAAUAUUAAUUACUUUGGUUUAGAAUGAAAAAUUUAUGAUUUUUGCGAAAAAGUCCCGUCAUUUUUAAAGCGGCGGCCAUCUUGAAAAAUUUUUUUUUGCGUAAAACUAUUCAUCAAUAUACAUCUUUCCACCAAAUAUGAAGAAAAUCCGUCAACUAAUAUUUGAGUUAUCUUCCGGACGGACGGACGGACUGACUGACUGACAGACUGACGGAUGGACGGAGGGCUUAACUAUAUCCCUACCGAACUUCGUUCGUUGGGAUAAUAAUGUAUAUAUCAAGGAAAACUGACAUUAUUUUUUCACUUUGAACACAAAUAAAGAAUUCUUAGGAAAUUGUGCCAUGGCCCCUUUCUAAUUUUUUUGCAAAGCCAGUUUACCAUCAGCGAG